AUGAUUUAUACAGCUAGUUUUAAAUUAUUACCCCAAUCCAAAUAUUUACCAAUAUUGUUCUUGCCAUGGGUGGGUAUAAACGCCGACGGGCAAGGCAAGUGCGAGGAGCAGGCAGUGCGACUCAGCUAACUCACUUUUUCAACUGAACUCCCGGUACCGAGAACUUGACAUUCUACGCCUCGUGUAAUUUUCCAAGUGAAUUCCAGCUGCCGGCACAAAGUAACAGUAACGACUAUGGGAGUGUCUCAUUCGGUUGUCAAGUUGAAAAGUAAAACUGCGUGAUGAAAUUUAAUUUUGGUCGUGGACACGCGUUUUCUUGUUUAAACGUCUGAGGAAACUUAAUUCAGUUGCAUCCUUAUGUCUGUUAGUAGUCUUGUUUCAUUAUUUUUCACUCGAAUUUAAAGUUCGUUUUCCGUAGGCAGGCUACAUGAUGGUUCAUAAGUAUGACACAGAGAGGGCUGUUGAGCUUUUGAGGCAGUACCAGGACAGUCUGACUAGCCCAGAGGAGCAGGCACUGAAGACCAGCGUGGGGAAAGUCUCUGCCAUCUUUGGGAGCCAGCUAUUUCAAGCCCUGCUAGACAUUCAAGAAUGUUACGAGGUGACCUUGCAGCUCAACACAGCUGAGAACAAUGUGAAGGAGGACAGCAGUGAAGACGCCUGGGAGAAGCCAGACGAGGAGGACAGCGAGGGGGUGUCCCGGGUCCGAGUGCUCAGCAGGCGGAGCCCUCAGAAGGUGGAGCUGGUGUCGGGGCUGGUGAGCCGCUCCCACAUCCACGCCCCCAAGGCCAACCCUCCCCCCAUCAUCGUCAACGCAGACUCACUGGAUGCAGGCCCUUAUGUGAAUGGCAGUGAUGGGAUGUACAAAUAUGAGGAGAUUAUCCUGGAGAGGGGCAACUCUGGGCUGGGCUUCAGCAUCGCUGGGGGGAUGGACAAUCCACACAUCCCUGACGACCCUGGGAUCUUUAUCACCAAGAUCAUCCCUGGGGGAGCUGCAGCCAUGGAUGGCAGACUGGGGGUCAACGACUGUGUGCUGCGUGUGAACGAGGUGGACGUGUCCGAGGUGGUCCACAGCCGGGCGGUGGAGGCCCUGAAGGAGGCCGGGCCCGUGGUCAGGCUCCUGGUCCGGAGAAGACAGGCCCCACCAGAGACCAUCCUGGAGGUCAACCUCCUCAAGGGGCCCAAAGGGCUGGGUUUCAGCAUCGCUGGAGGCAUCGGCAACCAGCACAUCCCUGGAGACAACAGCAUCUACAUCACCAAGAUCAUCGAGGGGGGCGCGGCUCAGAAGGAUGGCCGGCUGCAGACUGGAGACCGUCUGCUAGCUGUGAACAACAUCAUCCUGCAAGACGUGCGUCACGAGGAGGCGGUGGCGGCGCUGAAGAACACGUCAGACAUGGUGUACCUCAAGGUGGCUAAGCCAGGCCCCGUCCACCUCAACGACAUGUACGCCCCCCCAGACUACUCUAGCACCUUUCCCACCAUGGUGGACAACCACGUGAGCCACAACUCAGGCAUGGCCUACAUGGGGGCCAUGGAGCCCAAGCCUGUGUACCAGCCCUCCCAGGUCACGCCCUCCAGGUACUCCCCAGUCCCCCGCCACAUGCUGGGGGAGGAAGACUUCACCAGUCCGGCCCCGCGGCCUGACGCUGUGGCUCUGUUUGGCAGGGAGCCACGGAAGGUGCUGCUGCACAAGGGCUCCACAGGCCUGGGCUUCAACAUUGUGGGCGGAGAGGACGGAGAGGGAAUCUUCGUCUCCUUCAUCCUGGCGGGCGGCCCGGCGGACCUGAGUGGAGAGCUGAGGAGGGGAGACCGAAUCCUCUCGGUGAAUGGGGUCAACCUGCGGAACGCCACCCACGAGCAAGCAGCCGCCGCACUCAAGAGGGCUGGACAGACCGUCACCAUCAUCGCCCAGUACCGGCCAGAAGAGUACAGCCGCUUUGAGUCGAAGAUCCACGACCUGAGGGAGCAGAUGAUGAACAGCAGCAUGAGCUCAGGAUCGGGCUCCCUGCGCACCAGCGAGAAACGCUCCCUCUACGUCAGAGCCCUGUUUGACUAUGACAGGACCAGGGACAGCUGUCUGCCCAGCCAGGGCCUGAGCUUCUCCUAUGGCGACAUCCUGCAUGUCAUCAACGCCUCCGAUGACGAGUGGUGGCAGGCGCGGCUGGUCACGCCCCACGGCGAGAGCGAGCAGAUCGGGGUCAUUCCCAGCAAGAAAAGGGUGGAGAAGAAAGAGCGGGCCAGGUUAAAAACAGUCAAGUUCCACGCCAGAACGGGCAUGAUCGAGUCCAACAGGCCAGUCAAAGUCAAGCGCAAAAAAAGCUUCAACCUCUCACGCAAGUUCCCCUUUUACAAGAGCAAGGAGAAUAUUGUGCAGGAGUUGGUGGAAUCCGAACAAUGCCUGACCUCCAACACAAGCGACAGUGAAAGCAGCUCAAAGGGUCAGGAGGACACCAUUCUCUCCUACGAGCCAGUGAUUCGACAGGAGAUUCAUUACACCAGGCCUGUGAUCAUCCUGGGCCCCAUGAAGGACAGAGUCAACGAUGACCUCAUCUCAGAGUUCCCACACAAAUUUGGCUCCUGCGUUCCCCACACAACUCGUCCACGGCGGGAGAACGAGAUGGACGGCCAGGACUACCACUUUGUGGCCUCGCGAGAGCAGAUGGAGAAAGACAUCCAGGACAAUAAGUUCAUCGAGGCGGGCCAGUUCAACGAGAACCUGUACGGGACCAGUAUCCUGUCUGUCAGAGCUGUGGCUGAGAGGGGAAAACACUGUAUUCUUGAUGUGUCUGGGAAUGCUAUAAAGCGACUGCAACAAGCACAACUUUAUUCGAUCGCAAUCUUCAUCAAACCAAAAUCCAUUGAAGCUCUAAUGGACAUGAACAAGAGGCAGACAUACGAGCAGGCCAAUAAAAUGUUCGACAAAGCCAUGAAGCUUGAACAAGAGUUUGGAGAAUUCUUCACAGCCAUUGUACAGGGUGACUCACUAGAGGAGAUCUACAACAAAAUCAAGCUGAUCAUCGAGGAACAAUCGGGUCCCUACAUCUGGAUCCCAUCUGCAGAGAAGCUCUGAGAUCCCAGCCAAUCCCGUCUGCUGCUCUGCAGAACUCCUCCCACCUCCCUGAGACCCCGCCCAUACCUAAAUAGCUCCUCCCUCCUCUCCCUUUUUUGCAGAUAUGUUUCAUAUCAAGUUUUAGUGUCAUCAUUAUGUUACUCUCAAAUGAAAAGAAGUCUUAUCACCAUUACUGUGACUGUGCACACCCCUGCAUGAGUUUCUCAGCAAAUCCAUUCAAGACUGGAAAUGCCAUUCCAAAAUGAAUUUGUCAUUUAAAACAAAAAAGGGAAAAAAGAAUUAAUCCUUUUUGUGAAAUGGGACUGACAGUGAAGAUCAGAAUGUUUUACAGAAUGCUGGAGUGAGGAGUCGGGGAUUCAAAGACGUUGUGGGGAGUAAGAGACCAAUCAUAAGUUGGAACACUUUGUAAAUGUUCAUCAAAUCACAUUAAAAAAAGACGCGCCAGAUGAAAUGCGAAGACCAAUUGAGGGUUGUUGUUUUUCUACAAGGACUGGAUCAAAUCAAGCCCAGCUGAUGGUCCAUUUCGUGGAGUCAUCUCUCUUGUUUCUAAUAACUGCGGAGGAUCUCCAUGGAGAAAGAAGCCUACAAACUGGUGAUCUAUUUAUCAUGAACCAGCUUGCUGUUUGAUCUGCUGCCAGUUGUUUGCACUGCAGCUGAUAAAGACUUCUUUGGAGGCGGAACAGAAGGAAGAAAAUGAGUUACGAAUCUCUACAUUUAUAUUAUGAAAAUCACAAGAUAAAUGAUAAAAUCCUACUGAGAUUUUACUACAUAUUAAAAACGACACGUUUUACACUUCACUAGAAUUGUCUAUUUGGAGGGCUGUUAGAAUUCAUUUCUUUGUUUAGUUUUUUUGUGGGAUUUUGCGCUUGUGGUUUUGAGCUGCUCUGUGUAAAGGAUGGGGGUAGAGAAGUGUAACUGGGCUCUCUGCAAAACACCAAACUGCCUUACAUCAAAUACAAAUUCUGUUCUUUGACUACCUGUACCUUGUGAGGAAGGCUACAAAUAAUCCACCCCGAGAUUCUUUGUUCUUAAUCAUGACUUUCUCUGUGUUCUCCUCUUGCUUCCAGGGAGGCCUACAACUUGUGAGUGCAAUAGAUAACAUGCAGAGUCGGACCUCUGUAGCUUCCUAUUCCCCCCCCCCCCCCCCCCCCCCCCCUUGUAUUUUAAACCCCUUUUCAUGUGUAAUAUAGAAGAUUUAUUGGAUUUUUCAAUUUGAGCAGCAAUAGCCUCCUCACCCAUGUUACGCAGUAGACCACCCUAUUACACUCUCUGCCUUCCAAGAUGAUUCUCUUCUGAUUGAAUGGUCACAUGGUACUGUCCUGUACGCCACCAUGAUGGUGGCCUUAAAACGGGUAGAACAAGACAAUAAUUGUAUUGGAUGUCCUAACAAUUAAAGAGUCAAUAUAACCAGUUUUGGAUUGUCCCCCUCCUACCCACCCCACCCUCACCCUUGGAAAAAAACACUAAAGAUGGGUUACAUAAAAUCUUGUAUUUUGUGUAGCUAUGAAAUGUAAGAAUGAUUUUUCAAUGUGUUCCGGGCAGGUGUUUAACCACUGUGUUGAGCCCUAUGGUAUGUCCGGGGCGAGCUAGGCCAGCUCAGGAUGCUUAUGCACAGAUCCCAUUUCCCCCGAGACUCCAGGGCCAUGUCUGAGUGGCAAGGCGGAACAGAGAGUUCACAGCUGUCUAGACGUGAAGGAGAGCGCACUGGCAACUGCCUCUGCGCAAUUUAAAGGCAUCUGCAAUCGAAUCAUUUUAAUAAGAGGAUGUAUUAUGUCUUAUCUUUUUUUUGUUGUGUAAGGUGUGGUAAAGCUUUGUCAGGACCACCAGUGUGGUAACCCUUGCAUGACUUGGCUGUGUGGAUCCAGCAGGAUUGAAGCGACCCGUCCUAUGUUCCUGUAGGGAUCUUGGCACUGUGUUUGUGUACAUGUGAGAGAGGGGACGUGUCUGACGUGAAGGAAUACUGUGGCCCCUGACCCUGUGAACAUUUAUGUUUUUUUCUGAAGAGGGGAAAGGUGUUUUUUAUUUUCAUUUUUUAACUCAGCCAUCAGAGAGCCAGACCAGCUUCCUCCCACUCAACAG